AUGAAAAAUAAAACCAUGUUUACUGAGUUUAUCCUGCUGGGUCUCACAGAUGUUCCAGAACUUCAAGCCUUGGUUUUCACCUUCCUGUUCCUCGCCUACUUCCUCAGCAUACUGGGAAACCUCACUAUUCUCAUCCUUACUCUGCUCGACUCCCACCUGCAAACUCCCAUGUAUUUCUUUCUCCGGAACUUCUCCUUCUUAGAAAUUUCCUUCACAAACAUCUUCAUUCCCAGAGUCCUGAUCAGCAUCACCACUGGGGAUAAAAGCAUCAGUUUUGCUGGCUGCUUCACGCAGUAUUUCUUUGCCAUCUUCCUUGGAUCAACAGAGUUUUAUCUUCUGGCUGCCAUGUCCUACGAUCGCUACGUGGCUAUCUGUAAGCCUCUGCAUUACAUGACCAUUAUGAACAGCAAGGUCUGUACGCAGUUGGUAAUCUACUCUUGGUUGGCCGGCUUAAUGGUUAUCAUACCCCCCUUCACUCUGAUGAGUCAACAGGACUUCUGUGCAUCCAACAAACUGAAUCAUUAUUUCUGUGAUUAUGAGCCUCUCCGUGGACUUUCCUGUUCGGACACACGCCUCAUAGAGAAGAUUGUCUUUCUUGUGGCAUCUGUGACCCUAGUGGUCACUCUGUUUCUCGUGAUUCUUUCCUACAUGUUCAUCAUCAGAACUAUUCUGAGGAUACCCUCUGCCCAGCAAAGGACAAAAGCUUUUUCCACGUGUUCUUCCCACAUGAUUGUCAUCUCCCUCUCUUACGGAAGCUGCAUUUUCAUUUACAUCAAGCCUUCAGCAGUUGGGGACACAUUCAACAAGGGAGUAGCUCUGCUCAUUACUUCAGUCGCACCUCUGUUGAACCCCUUCAUUUACACCCUAAGGAACCAACAGGUAAAACAGGCCUUCAAGGAUACUGUUAAAAAGCUUGUGAAUCUGGGGCCAGAGAGAUAG